AUAAAUGAGUAUUACCAUAACUAUACCAAACUACAUACGGAAGAAGCAAAGCAUAAAGCAAGAAUUGCUUUGGCAGAAGGUAAAAGAACUUUCUGCAAUGAGAGGCAAUCUGUUAACUAAAAAAAUUGAUUUGAUGGAAUCCAUGUAAGAUGCUGCGAAGGAAGAAGAAAUAAACUACAAGUUGAUGACGCAAGUCCCUGAAGUGUCCAGGGUAUAAAUAUUCAUGCUGGUCCUGUAGUACAAGUAGAUUACAAAAGCAAACUGCAGCAUUACAUUGAGCCAAAAAAGGAGCAAGUCAUUUUAAACAUCCAUGAAGGGAAAGAGGCAGCCAUUUCGUUUCAGAAUCCCUUGGAUAUCAGAAGCAUCCGUCCCGGGUCUUGCUGCUGAAUCAUCGUCUCGUUGUCCAGAAAAGAAACCCAAAUCGGCAUUUCGUCCUUCGGGGAUCGCCCCUGCCCAACCCCAACAACACUUACCUUCUCCUCCACCUCAACUCUCGACCAUAUCGUCCCCCCUCGGCUCUGAGCCUUCCUCUCAGAAUCACCACGUGAAGUCGCCUUUGAAAACCAUCCCACCAAAUGCUUCCUCUCAACCCCAAAAGAGGUCUCCACACCAUAUAGGAAAAUUGGGAAACAUGGAAAAAUCAGCUACAACUCUAAAGACUCUAACUAACGCUGAGAAAUUGGGGACUGACGCAGGGAAUGCAGGGACUCCAUUGGAAAAACAGUGCAAGUUCCAUGAAUCUGAAGAAAUGGGGAAGUUAACGCAUAAGCCUCAGGUAAAAGCGCAGGAUCCAGUCUCCGGACGACAACAGCUGAUCGACCCACCAUUACGAAGGGAGUCUCGAGGAGAAAAGAAGCAGUCGGAAUCACCAGAAACAGCAGUGAGACAGAAAAUGUUUGCCACCUCCAACCCAUCUGGUAAUGACACCAAGGUUUUGAGUUCAGCGGAUCCUAAGGUCAGUAACGUGUCAUACAAAUCCUCUCAAAAGCCUCUUCCACCCAACAUGGGCAAAGCUCCAUUGCAAAAAGAGACCAGAGAAGAUAGGUCAAACUGUGAUCAUAAACUAGCGACCGGGCGCCUAACUCAGCCCGUGGAUGAGAAUCCCAUUAGUGUGACAACUCUGGCUGGCGAUAACAGAGGAGCUACCAUGAACAUAGGCUCUAAGUCGGGGAAGAAAGAGUGGUCAAUCCCCAUAUACAGGGCCUACAAAAAAAAUCCAGAAGAGAGGCCUGAGGUGACCACCGACGGGAAGGAAAGCUACGAGGAAGAGCCCGGUAAUUCAGUGGAGAAUGAAGUGGGUAACGCAUAUGUGAACAGUAAUAUACAGAGUCUCAACAACUCCUUGAUGUGUCAGAGUUCGAUCAACGACAGAGACCCUGGGGUUCAUCUGACUCUUCCCCAGAAGCAUGUCGAAUCCGUCAGGUUUGAUAGUAAACGAGAUCCGGAAAUUAGAAAGCCUGAGGUAAACGUUAGCCGGAACGACGGGUUAAGAAUUCGAAGACGAUGCUUGAGAGGACUCUUGGCGGAACCAAGCGACUCCGACCCAGAUAACCCAAACAAGCCUCAACGUCACGGUUGUAAAUACAAAUGCGGAAGUAUUUAAUUGAAAAGGACCAAGAUAUGAGGUUCUGUAACCAAAUUUGAGUGACUUUCGUUCUGAAAGAGAUAUACACUAUUGCCCUGCAAACAAGCGUAUGGCAUUCCUCUUUAAAAUUGGACAACAAGAUGUGAUGGGAUUCAAUUUGGAGAUCGGAAAUUGGAUUUAGUUGCUAAUAAAUAAUUUAUAAGUAGAGAGAACUUUCAUUUGUU